AUGAAAAAACUUUUAAAGAGUACCGAUUUUGAUGCUGUAAUAUAGAAACUAAAUAUUCAAUGCAAAACUAAGAAUGAUGAUUGUAAAUAUUAAUAUAUUAAGAUUUAUUAGAUUUGGAUCCAUUCUAAAAAAUAAAAAAUUCUUCUCCUAUGAUUUUUGGUGAUUAUUGCAACUCCAACAUACCAAUUCAAUUAUAAUUAUCUCCUAUUGAUACAAAUUAAAAAAGUUACAUUUCACUAUUAUCAGAUAAUAUUGAUUUUUCGGUUAAAGAUAAAAAAUAAGGUAAUAAUUCAGAUUAAUCCUUUGAACAUCCUUAAUGUAUAAUAUCAGAAGGCAUUCAUUCUUUUGUUUAAAAAGAGAAAAUAAUAAACGAAGAAUAAAACAUAUUAAAUAAAAGAUUGAAAGAGAUUAGACAUAUUUAUGUUAAGAAAUUGGAAUAAUUAGAUGAAUGUAUGUAAAGUAUGAUUUUAAAUAGAAUAUUUGCAUAAAAGAUUAUAAAUAUUAGAGUAAUUUGAGUAGCAUUUGAAUUAAAAAAGCCCAAAGAAGAUUAAAGAAUAACCUUUAAAGAGUGCUCUCAAAAAGAAGGAUUCUAUUAGCUCUUCUCGAUAUUAUACAUAAAAUAUUAAUGAUUCAUAAGAAGAUGAUUGGAAGUUCAUUCGUGAUGCUCAAAAUAUAUUAAAGAAAUAGAAAUCAUCUUAUGAUGAAGAAUUCAUUACACCUUCCAAAGUUAGAUUUGUAUUAUAUAUAUUAUUUAACAUAUUUAGUAAAAGAAAUCAAAGAAAUCAUUAAUAAAUGAUGAUUCAUUUUAAGUAUUAAAAUUUCGAUAUUGAUCAGAGUAAUCGUUUUUUAUUAUUUAAUAUAAUGAAUAUAUUAAAAGUAUUAUUGCUUGUGUUUUUGAUACUCAGUGUGACAGCCCAACAACUGAGAGGAAAUAAUGAUUAACCUGAUACAUCAUCUGAGGUUAAAAAAUGCUCUUGUGGAUCAGGAAAAACUACUACAGGUGGAUAAGGCUAGAACAAAGUUUCAUUACUUCAAUAUUAAGAAGCUUUAAAGAAAUUACAUGAAGGAAUCAAAGAAGCCUCUUCUGAUUUUAAGGCUAAACAUAUAUGA